AGAAACCCCUGCCCACUGCCCAAACCCUAUUCAACCCUUCUCUCUCUCUCUCUCUCUCUCUCUCUCUCUCUCUCUCUCCAGGCGGUAGGCACUUGUUGGCAACCAUAAUCACAUCCAACUACAUUUACAAACUUAUGGGCAUUUUCGAAUUCCAGCGAUGGAGGACUGAUAUCAGAUUCCGAGAGCAGUUUUCGGUGGAAGCGGUGGAGCUGUAGGUCGGUGCUUUUACGUGGUGAUAGAGAUGCGGUUUACUGCAAGACGGUUUCUUCGUUUCGCUUCUGCAAAUUCCGGCGAUCACUUUUCCAACCGUAGUUUACGAGUUGGGAUGUUUGACAGUGUAUGCUGGGAUAUCUAGUCUCGAGUCAGGUUCAAACAUUUGUUGGACUCGACGGUCAUAUGCUGCUGCUUCUGAUUCAAAAGUUCAAAAAGUUCAGAGAAGGCUGUCAAAAGAUGAGCGGCAAGCUAUGGUGGAGUUAUUCGUUAAGAAGUACAGGGCAAUGAAUGCAGGAAAGUUUCCCACUGCUUCAAAUGCUAUGAAACAAGUGGGUGGAUCUUACUAUAUUGUCAGAAAGAUCCUCCAGGAGCUAGAGUACAAAUCUAAAUUAUCUCCUACUGACCCAGGGAAUAAAAAUGUCUUCAAGAAGGAAGAAGCUCAAGUGAAUGAAGCGUCAAUUGAUGGUGAAGAGGUCUCUAGCAGUCAAUUGAAAAUGGAUGUAGGAACUCACAAAGAUGCUCAAUCUGUAGCAGGCAUUGAUGUGGAUAUUGAUGCUACCAGUCUCAAUAAUGUUGGAGCUGGGGAAGGACAAGAAACUUCAAAUUUGUUUAAGACAUUGUUAACAGAUGAUUCAAAACCAAAGACAACUUUGAUGGACAAGAAACAAUCUAUGAGGCGUGCUCACUUCCUGUUAUCAUUUGAAUACAAAAAGUUACAGCAGUUGUUGCACCAAGACAUUUCUAUGAAGGAUGACUGUUCUAAUUAUCUUGGAAGACAAACUAAUAUAUCAAAGCAGAAAGUUGAGGUAGUUUUCCAUCAGCAUCUUGAGAGAUUAGAGCAUGAUGUGGAAGAGGAGUCACCUUCUGAAGUACAUUUGGACAGCCCAGAAUCCAAGGACAGCCCAGAAUCCAAGCACAAGCGGCAUCAACAGUCUCCUCAACUAGAUAAAUUCCUGUUAGAUAUGUCCGAGAAGCAGAAAAAUAAGCAGGAGCUUACCGAGAAAUCGUCUGUGUGGGGAAAUCUCAAGUCCCUUGCUGAUAGCAUUAUCAACAUGUGGAGAAGACUGUAAAUUCGGCUGAAAGAACGAAACCUUAUUGGCUGUUGAGAUGUUUAGCUUACAGGUUUCAUGUCCGCUGCUUUGGGGUCCUUCACCUAGUUUUUUGGUCUGAGCUGCAUUGAUGCCACAAUCCACCACGUGUAAAAUAUUGCCAUUUAAUUUACAGGGAAAAAAUAUUGCCAUUUAAACGUCUUCUAUGAGGGUUCCGUUGCCAUUUUGAAAAUGGAAGGGUCAACCUAGCCCUCGGACCAUACUUCAGAGACGAAGUUAACAACUUUGAACGUUGAAAAAUUGCUUCUCCUUUGGCUUUC